AUGGAAAAACCAAUUUACAUAAGACUCAACAAAGAGAAGAGAACCGGGAGAAUCGCCAUUAAGGCUCCAGUUUUAAGAGUCGAAGCUGAUGCUUCGGUGCUUAUGGUUACCUUCUAUCUCAUGCUGCAGUGGUUGCUGACGGUGCAAAUGAAGUACAACUCGGUGGAAUUGACAAUGAAGCUUGAGGGGCUGGUUGUUUGGACUGGACUAAGAGCAUUUGCUGAACUGGAUACAACACCCCUCGUGUUUUUCUACCAUAAUAGUGGUCAUGCAGUUCCAAGAUCAACUUACAUCAUUUUAAUGAUGCGGGAUUAUAUGGUCCUGAGUGUUGCAGCAUUUAAUGAGGUUGAGAGUAAAGGUGAACUCAAGCACAAGUCCAAACCAAGCCCUGAUAUCAUGCAAAAUGAUGGGACGGAAAUGGUCUUUCAAGAAUAUACACAAUACCAACCUGCGAUCAACGACAGGAAAAUGGAAGAGCAGCGCCCAGCAUUAGCUGAUAGGGAUGAAAGGGCUGGGGUUUUAAUCAGAGUAGAACCAAUCGCAGUUAGGGAAAACAAAUUGCCUCCUUCAGAAGCUGAUGUGCAGUUAGGAAAUUCUCCUGGACCAUUUUCUGAUCUAACUUAUAGAAUACUGUGUAAUUUUUUUGAAAAAAAAUUUAGGUGGCAAGCGAUAGAUUAUGCGCGAUUAAAUUACAGCACUGUAUCCUUUUUCAACUUCUUGAAGCCGGAAACAGCUGCAUCGCGGUGGAAUCGUGUCAGUUUGAAUGCUUCAAAGGUGGGCAAGGGUUUGUCUAAAGAUACCAAGGCACAAAAGUUGGCUUUUCAACACUGGAUUGAAGCUAUUGAUCCGAGGCACCGAUAUGGGCACAGCUUGCAUCUUUAUUAUGAAGAGUGGUGUAAGACUAAUGCUGGUCAGCCCUUCUUCUACUGGCUGGAUCUAGGAGAUGGAAAAGAAGUUGAUCUCAAAGAGUGCCCAAGAUCAAAGCUUCGUCAACAAUGCAUCAAGUAUCUUGGACCUCAAGAGAGAGAACUUUAUGAAUACGUUGUUGUUCAUGGAAAAAUAUUGCACAAACAAACUGGAAUACCUCUUGAUACAAACAAUGGAUCACUGGGGUUGAAAUGGAUAUUCGUGAUGAGCACCUCUAAGAGACUUUACACUGGAGAGAAAAAGAAAGGAUAUUUCCAUCAUUCCAGCUUUCUUGCUGGAGGGACUACUUUAGCUGCCGGGAGGCUCGUUGUGGAAGAUGGAGUACUUAAGGUACUUUUUUGGUAUUUUUCAUUAUCAAAAUCUGUUGCUUUUAAGACAGAUCAAUCUUUUGCAUAAUAUAAGACGAAGUUU